GGUAUACUCUAGUCCUAGAUAGUCAAUGGCGCAUACAGCCUUUGUCAACAAAUAUGGCGAGUUAGUGUGUUGAUUUUAGUGUAUGGACGAUAUUUUCAGUAUAAUCCGUGUCGGUUGUGAGUUUGAUUAACCUUAAAUUAAAUGACUUGACCGAGCCGUGAGUGAAUAUCAUAAAAAUAAUCCUUUGACCUCGCGAUGGAUUAUUCCGGCGAACCGACAUCCAAGGGCUGUCAGGGUAUCAACGAGGAAACAGGCGACGUGUGUGGCGAAACUAGUACUUUACGGAUUCUUGAUGAUUUUCGAAAGCUUUACGAAGACCGUAUCGGGAAAAUUAGUGAAGGUACUGACGGAGGUUCGGAUCACGCAAAGUUGAAAAUAAUGGAAGAGUGGGUCAAAGAUUUAGGCGAACAAAAUGCAAUGCUGGUACGUACUGUUGAGGAACUUGAGCGUGAAGCUGCAAACAGAGUCAUACUAUUAGAAGAAAAGCUUCGACAAUCAACUGCUGCAGUUGCUAAUAUCAAUAAGCGGAAUACGGAUGAUGAUGGGUCUAUCACCGCUCUCGCAAACCGUGUCACUCAACUUAUGAAAGAUGAAGAAACGCUUCAGCAAAGAAUAGAGUUUCUCCAAAGUGAUAUCAGAGGACUGCUCGAGCUGAUAAGAAGGGCUAGAAGAGAAAAUUGCUGGAGUCUGGAUGGGAUAACAUUUUUUGAAAUCCAGCCGAACGACAUCCCAGCUCCUCUGGACUGCACCUGUGGACAGGAAAAAGAAGAUACAGCAGAGUACAUCACUAGUCUAAAAGAGCAGGUUGAUCAACUGAAGGAAAAUGAGAAACAGGCCUUGGCGUAUCGAACAAAUCUGGAAGAAAAGUUGGCCGAACAGAACAAACAAGUAGUUUUAAAAGAAGAGACAAUUAGAAAAUACAUCUCCAAACUUCAAACUCUUAGAGAUAAUCUGAAAAACCGCUCUAUAUUGGCCAAUCAAAUUGUACUGCAAUCAACUUCACCAGAUGUUGACGUUGAUUCUGACAUUGUCAGAAUGGCUGACAUUGUGGAAAAUGCCUUAAAGACAAGUGAGCUAGAGAUAGAAAAGUUGCGGUCGGAUUUAAUGGAGAGUGAAACUAAAUUAGAGAAGCUAUUGCACGAAAAGAGCAUCGGAAUGGAAACUCUGCAGUCUAAACUGGAUGAAAAGUGCAUGGAACUUGAGCAGCUUGAAAAUCGAAUGACUUGUUUGAAAAAAGAAUCACUUGAAACUCGCGAUGCCCUGACGGUCGAAGUAGCUGAAAAACAUGAUCUUGUUUUGUCUCUACGUGAGGAACUCGCCAUGCUCGAAGAACAGUGCCGCCAAUCUGAUAUGCAAACGCAUUUCAAGGACGACAUCAUCAAAGAAAUGAGAAGGGAGCUCAAGCAGGCCAAACUUAAAGAAACUUGUUCGUCCGCUCGGAGGGUGCGAAUUAAAACUGACACGUCAGUGGAGGAAGAAGAUGCAACAGACGGAAAUAGUCCAAGUCACCAUCAGGAUGAGAUUCUAGUCUAUUUAUCAAAUACCAAAGUGUUGAUGGAAAAGGAGAAAGAAGCGCUAUUGGGAUUGAGAACGGAACUGCAAAAGAUCCUGGAAGAAGUCAGCACCAAGGAAAAAGAGUCAUGCGUAGAUGACAGUAACAGAACACAAAUGCAGAAUUUGAAAAAACGGACAACCAGCAGCAUCGAGAGUAUCUCUAAAAUCUAUAAAGACAAGGAGAAGGCGAUAAACUUAAUAAAAACAGCGGUAAAGAAGCGCAAGGACGAUUGCACGCCUGUAAAAGGAUCUUCGGUGGUAAUCAACGAAGCAAUCCAACACUUUCGUAUGAUGGAAGAGUUUAGAAUUUGUACAGUGGAAGCGCAGGCAGCUACCGAAGACCUGCGUGAAGAAAUGACAAAUGUUAUAAGUUCGUUGAAUUGUCGACACGAAAAGUUUAUAGAGCUAACCAAAUUAGUGAAGCAAAUACAGGAACAUUUGACAAAGACGAGGGAAAAUUUGACGGACACUAUAAACCAAUUCAAGCUCCAAGAACAAGAAAAACUGAGGCACAAUGAGCGAAUAGCAAAUGGUGCAAUCAAGUUAAAGGAUCUGAAGAAUGAAAUAAAUCAGAUGACAAGUGACUUGUCCCGGUGCGUCGGCGGCGCCAUUAACAAACUUGACGAAUGCAAUUCAAUUGGAGCUGUGAAAGUCCACAAAUGCGAUCAUUUAUUGAGUAUAGUGAACGACGAGAUUCAGCAAAUUAUAGCAAAUGUACAGAUCUGUCAAACUGGGGAGUGCAAUGCGGUCGCAACGUUAUUGGAAGUUAGAGGGCAGCUGAGUUAUCUGGAAGAAUGCUUCAAAGACUUUCAAAAAAAAGCAGAUGAAGUCCUACUCGACAACGAGAUGGCCCAAAACGUCUUUUCUGAAAGGAGUAAGAAACUCAACAGACUUGAGCACGAACUUGACAAUACGCAUACGAAAAUGCAGGAUAUGCUAGAAAACU